UUAAGAUUCAAUCGUCGUGUAUAUUUUUUAUCAGACGUAGAGAAAUAUCUAUUCUAGUUUAUCGAGAAAUAUUAAUAAAAAGAGUGCUUAGGUACCUAUCUACAUCUGUUAAACCAUUUGCUUUAUUCCGUAGAGUAAUAUAUUAGCGUGCGGCCGCGGCUGCAGUGCCCGUGCGGAGGCGACAGGGUCGACAGUGGCAUGGCACGCGCGCUCGCCGCCGCCGCGCUGCUGGCUCUCUGGCUGCCCCCCGCGGCCCCCGCGUCCCCCACCGCCCCCCCGCCUGCCUCCAGCCAGCCAGAACUGUCCUUCGCAGAAAACGUCUACGUCAAACUCUCAGGCGCAUGUCGCGCAAUAGUCGACUUGCGUUACAGCUCGCAGAAAGAUCAAGGUGAAUUGGUCAAAAGCAUGAAAAUAGUGCAACUAGUCGGCUCCGAGUUGCGAACGUUUCCAAUAGACAGUGCGUACAGGUCGCUGACCUCGACUUUGUCGUUCGACAUCAGCAAGCAGACUAAAGUGAUAAUCCACGGGUUCAACGACAACGCGCAGUCGGAGGUGCCUCUGGAGCUGGCGCGCGCGUACGGAGAGAAGAACAUGUUCAACGUGCUGUUAGUCGACGCCGAGGAGCUGCUGAACAAGUGGUACCCUCUGUCGGUGCACAACGCGCGCGCGGCGGCGCGGCGGCUCGCCAACCUGCUGGCCAACCUGGAGCAGCACGGGGCCGCCGCCGCCGACCUGCACCUGCUGGGGGUCAGCCUCGGCGCGCACGUGGCGGGCUGGGCCGGCAAGUACUUCCGCCUCUACAAGGGCCGCAAGCUCGGCCGCAUCACCGGGCUCGACCCCGCCGGGCCCUGCUUCACGCACGCCUACAGCGACCAAAGACUGGACAGACACGACGCGGAGUACGUGGAUGUGAUACACUCGAAUAGGCUUGUGCAAGGGGUGAUUGAGCCGUUGGGUCACGCUGAUUACUACUUGAACGGGGGCGGGCCGCACCAGCCGGGCUGCGCGGCGCCGAGCUGCAGCCACCUGCGGGCGGCGCAGGCCUACGCCGAGAGCGUGCGCUCGCCGCGCGCCUUCGUGGCCGUGCGCUGCGCCGACUGGCAGCACUUCCUCCACAACUCCUGCGGGACCGACUACUCCGUCAUGGGCUACGGCUCCUCCUUCACGUCUAGAGGACAGUUUUAUCUCAGAACUAACCCGGACCCUCCGUACGGCAUGGGCAUGAAUGGGACUGUCUACAAAGACAAGGUGAAAUCAACAACACAGAAAUGGAUGGAACAACUGAAUCUAAUAAAAUAAGUCUUAUUUUAGUCAUUAAAGUGUAAAUAUAAAGAUAAAAUGAAUCAAAAUUAUGUUCUUCCCGUAUAAUAAACUCGCUUAUUAUUAGCACAUAAUAAGCCAUAUUUUUUGUCACUAGAUUAAAUUUUGCCAUAGUAUUGUAAAAGUGUUACGUUUUUAUUUACGGUCUGCAAUAGAUUAUUAAACUUAGCGACAAUUGAAAUUACAAAAUUCAAUGUAACAGUGAAUUACGUAGCGUUAUAGAAUUAGCUACUCGGUCCGUGACAAUCAACCGCGGUGGCACAUUUCCGACUAAACCAUUUGUAAUUUUGUAGUUAGCGGGACAAACUAGAGAUUUAUAUUUUGUGAUAUAAUAAAGUUAUAUUUAUUUUUGUUAACUACCUAUAUACUUAUGUUUGUACUCUCUAAAUGUCACCGAGAUGAGUGUUUAUGCUAACGCAAUGAUUAAGUGAACAUCAAGUACACCUGGCUUUAGCAGGUAAAUAAAUAUUGCAUUUAUUCAAAUGUUGUAGGUACAUACAUGUUGCAAAAAAGGAUUAAGUGAGUAGAGUGUACAAGAGGUAGUUAUACAAGUUUCUUAUUCUGAAUAAAGACUGUUUCACACUGUAUGCGUGGAGUCUUGACGUGCGCAAAGAACAGUUAAAAAGUAUGAAAAUCCUGUCUCGUAUCUUACGUAUCAUAUUUUAUACGUCACAGUCUUAGAUUAACAAUAUACGAACAAGAUGGUGUGUCACGUACAAAAACAAAGCAAAAAUCUGUCCGCAUUUUGUUUACUGCCAAACGGUUUUAAGUUCAACCUAACCACAACCAUUUUACUAAUGAAUAAGGUCACAAAUCUUCUAGCCGAACUAAUCCAAAAUAAGAGCUCAGUAGUAGAAGUGCCUGUUAUUUGUCGUCUUGUGCACUGACACUCCAUCUGGUUCGUUUAUUGUUCUAUCUAAUAUAAUCUAAGCUUACAACUCUGCUGCGUGCGCAUCUCCUGUGCAUGCUUCUUAAAAAGGUAACCUAUGGCAAAGUGUCACGUACCCAUUUCAAAUAUCUGUGCAAUACAAAAAGAUAUUUCCUAUCUACUCAACAUCGCGCAUUUCAAAGGGACAUACGAGUUCUGAUAUACUUAUUAGAAAACUGCAUAAUAUUCAAAAUAAAGAAACUUGAUCCUAAUGUCUACGAAACUAUACCUCCAUGUUUAUCUAUCAUGUACCCACUCCGAUUUUGUCGCGCAAUACAUAGUCAAUCUAACUGCACGGAGGGUAAUGUACCGUUAUUGCUAAUGUCAAUGUAUUGACGCCUUUUUGGAAGGAAAUGAACAAUAAAUCGCAGUAGGUAAGUAUCUUAUACUUACUUGUAAAUCAUUGAGGCCAAUAUUGCAUCCAUGCCAUGUGUUUAAAAAUGUAUAUUUUAUUAGGUAUAUUUGUUUAAAAGUACCUAUCACAUUUAUAUUAAACCUUCACCCAGGGUUCUAGCUGAAAACCAGCGCUAUGGUUUAUCAUAGCACCAAGCUGAGCUAGAACCCGUUUCUGCACCGGGAAGCAACACCCUUGCUCAUUUUCCUUUACCUAAACCUUUUCAUUAUUUGUUUUAUUAUUUAUUUUUGUGUUGUUUCCGUGUGUGUGUGUGAAAUAAAAUGUAUUUUCUUUCU